UCCCCUGUUUUUGGCGGAUCUUUGGGAGCAAACAGUCUCUUUAUUUAUAGUGUUUAACGGAAAGCGCAGCACGCAGCUGGCCUUCGGUUAAACUUAGCGGCAGAUAAGGUUAUAGUCUCAGCUUCUAAUCUGUUCUUUGGGCAUAUUUUGGUGCGUUUAUCCUGGUUUUAGUUAGCGUUGUUAGCUGCGGGGUGGCCCGACGCGCGUUGCGGUCAAAGCUUGACAAAAUGUCAAUACCACGGUCUCGAUCACCACAUUACAGGAGGUUGCCAUGGGAAGAGCCUGGCUUCGAUCCCCACAGAGUAAUCGCAGAUAUGGACAGGAGGGACCGCCUUCGGGAAGGUUCUGGUGAAAUCAGGGAGAACUUCAGAGAAGACAUGUACCCAGAAGAGCAGAGAAGAUCCCCUCUGUUCACAGGUGACCGUCGAUUUGGGCGUCAGCCUUACCCAGACCGGGAGGAGUUUCACCACAGGAGGUUAUCGCCCUCUCAUGAUUUGCGCUAUGAAGACAGGAGCCUUUCCCCACUGCGUGAUGGAGGAUUUGAUGGAGAUAGACGAAGAGGAGGGUUUAGAGAAGACUCCCAGAGGUUUGAAAACAAGGGUCCGUUGCCCCAGUCGUCUCUGAGUUUCACAAGGGAAAGAUUGCCACCAACACAGAGGUCUCAUUCAGACCAGAAGGAGUCAGGGAUGGGCUGGAGGAGAGAGGAGCAGGGCAGGGAUCGAGCGAGGUUCAGAGAUCUCAGUCCCAGUUUGAAGUCAGAUGACCCAAGAGCUGGAGGAGACAGGGAAAGAGGAAGGAGGAGCACUCAAGGUCCUAACAGAGGCAGACAGAGGGAGAACCCACAUCAUGAGAGGGGCCUCCCUUUUAAAAGGCAAAGAAGAGAAAUGGAUGUCGCCAGUCAUCUUGGGUACAGGAAUGAGGAGGACUUUGGGAAACAGGGUUACUCAAUGGAAGCACCCACAGAUGGGUUUGGUGGAGGCACUCGGGGGGACCAACCCCUGGGAGACAGUUGGCACUCGGGGCCGCUCGUCAUUGAACAUGAUCACGGUAGAGAGCUGCCACAGUGGGAAAGGUUUGCUGAAUGUCGGGAACUUGAUCCUGAAUUUGAUCGACAGAGGAGUCCUCGUCCAGGGGGCUCCUCUCAGGAGCUUUUCAGGAAGUCAGGCAGCAGGUUGGAUGAUAGAGAAGAGCCACAAGAACACCUUUAUCAAGAUAAUUUGGGAGAAUCCAACUAUUAUGAAACUAGGAGAAGUCCUGUGCCACAGGACAAACCAAGUGUUGCAAGAUAUGGUAAUCAAAGUGGCCCAGUGAACCACAGGGGGAGAGGUGGCACUCACCCAGCGAAGAGGAGGUACAACCCAAGCCAACGUGGACGACCUGGGAAGCCAAGGAAUCACCCACGCUUACAGCAGGCCUCCCAGGGAUACCAAGAUCUUCCUCAAGAAGAGCAAAGACAAGGGUACCGACGCUUCAGGGAAGAUUAUGAAGAUGUCAUUGAAGAUGACCCCAGUUUGGCAGAAAAAGGCAAACUUCAGCAGUGGGAACAGGCCCAGCCAAGAAGUCUGGAACGGCCCCUUGGGAGGGAUGACUUGGACCCAAAAAUGCCCCGUCAGAGGCAGCGUGGAUGGAGUGAUCAGAAAACCAAUAAUAUGACAGUUUUAACGGAGGAAACGCUAACCAUCAAGGUGGACAUGAGUCGACCCGUAAACCAGAGCAGCCAACUGUGUUAUUCCUCAGACAGGCAGCUCUCUUUAGACCUGGUCAAUGUUGGUCGCCAGCGCCUGGACUUCCUGCCCAUGCUGGAGCACUCCGGCACAUACCGGGAGACUGCCAUGCACACCGGGACGUUUGCCCAGGAGAUCAUCACACUCGUGCACCUCGUCAAAGAGCAGUAUUUCAGAGGUGAUGGAGUCACCCUGAAUGAACGCUUCUCAGCUCCACAAAAAGGCGGAUACUCUGAAGACGAGAUGGAGGAGCUGACGCUGGACGACGGAUUUGACACAGACCGAGGUUUCAGUUUGGAUAUGGACUCACUGCUAAAUGACGACAAACCUCUGUUCUCUAGACUGGGACCAACACAGGGCUUGAGGCAGCAGCCGGUACGAGGCCCAGGAGACCUGAGGCAUGACCUGGAGAGGAGGCGACAGGAGAAACUGGAAGGGGUCAAAGUUACAAUACCUGGGAAUACCAUGACACAGCACCACCUGGGGCCAGUCAGUGAUCCAGAUGUGGUGUACACUGGCAAGAUGUCUCAGAUGGACCAGAGGAGGCGAGAAGGAAACAUGUCUUUUUCUGUUGUCCAGGGACCGAGGAGGGGGGCUUUGAGCAGGGUGAACACAGGCGCCCAGCGCAGGAACAACCGCUUCGAUAAUCGGAAACAGAACUUCCGCAACGGCUCCGCAGGUCCAAACUGGUGAUCGGGCUCCCUGAAGGGUUUCCAUUCAGAUUCAUCAAACCGGCCGUUCUCGGGCCGACCUACGUCCAUGUUGACGUGUCGAUUGUGAAGAAGUCUCUGCUCUGGCGGUGCUUUUGCAGGCGGAGGAGCAGACUGAAAGAUGCGAAACACUGAUUUGUGCAGUACCUGUUGGUCCUCUGCUUCUUCUCACCUCAUGUUCUCCUUUGAAACCCUUUCAAAAUGUUUUCAUCGUGUUGUGAAAGACUGAGAUCGUGCUCAUGAAGAGAUCGCUGAAGGUCCUCCACCCACGAUGAGCUCCCUGAAAGAUUGAUUGAUUGUAACGAACACAGAUGUUUAUGUUGCAGGGGUUUUUUUCACCCUGUUUCUGUACACAGAAAAUUUAGUGCUGCGACACGAGUGACCGUUCACGCUGCUCGCUGAGUGUUGCUCAACAAAUAAAAUGUUUCUUUUUAAA